UCAAAUAAAGCCCAUUCCAUAAGAUGUCUACUGCGUCCAGACGUGUCGGUCAAUCGAGGAGAAACCAUACCGCCGGGCCGCCACUAACGCAAGUCGGGGGUAAACCUAUAGUGCGGGGAUCUUCUAAUGAUGAUAUGCUGAAAGAGAAGAAAAAUCAAAGUCAGAAACCAGAACCCGCCACUGACGAUGAGCCAUUGAGUUCCAGCGAGGAAGAGAGCGAGAAGGAGGAGUCGAAGGAACGAGAAGAAGAGGAAAACCAUCAACGAGAAUCUGAAGUCGCUAAGGAAGUCAGACAGGAAGGUGCUGCCAAACGAAAGCGGGAUGAAGGAAAGAACAACAACCCGCCUUCGAGUUCGCAGGCAGAUGAUAAGGACGCCUGGUUCGAUCGCAUAUCUUCACAGAGAAGCCGAAAUUCGAGUAGUCAAGCAAAGUAUGGUGAAUUCAAAAUGCCUAGGGACUUCGACGCAGAGAAAGGCUCGGACGCGUUUCUCAGUCCAAGAAACAUUGACGUCCCGCCGACACCUCGCAAGGCGCAAAAAAGGACGAACGGGUCAACUGCAAACAGUUCCAAAAACAAGGAAGAGAUCGCGUUCCGUAUGCCUGCAGCUUUCGAGGAAGAUCUCUAUGACCGUCUAUCAUCUCCGGUCAACCAAUUUAAGGAUCCUCCUGGGCAAUCUCUCACAAGCGUUCCCAGUUCUGCAUUUACUGCUAGAGAAUUUGACUUGGACUUCGAUGACGAUUUAUCUUCACUUAGCUCUCCGCCUUCAUCGUUGUCGGAAGAUGAUAAGACGCCAAGCAAAUCACUUUGUCCGAACUGCAACGCCCCAGUCGACUCUGAUUUGCUUGGCGAAUAUUUGGUACAACCACAUCGGCGUCUAAGAGAUGACCGCCUAUUCUGUGAGAGUCACAAGGUCAAUAAAGCUGAAAAGGAGUGGACGAAUAAUAAGUAUCCCACAAUUGAUUGGGAUACAUUUGACCAGCGAGUGCGAGAUCAUCUUCCGGAAUUUGAGCGUCUCCUGGUACCUAAUCCUACGACUUUCUUCCGCGGCCGUUUUGAAAGCACCCUGAAAGAUGGGCAGGCCAAAGUCUUCAAAAUGUCAUUGGAGGAUGAUAGUGUAGAGAGGCUAUCUUGCGGUUAUUACGGUCCCAAGGGAGCAAGCAAAAUGUUGAAUUAUGUAACAUCGAAAUACUCUGGCAAGCUCCGUCAGCUAGCGGCGACGGAUAAGGUUAUCAAAGCUGCCGGGGCAGCUGCAUACGCGCAAGCCGUACUUGUUCCAGAACUGACUGUUUUACUCAUCAAGAAGGACAUGAACGUGGAUAGCCAAGAUGCUCGCCAGAUUCUGAGAACCAGUACAGAUAUCGGAAACAGACUUAAUCCAGCUGACAAUGAUCAGAUCCAUGUGAACGAGGAUGAUGAGAAUAAUCAUGACAACAAUUAUACAUGA